AUGAGAGAAUGCAAGCCGGUUGCAACUCCUUUAAUUGUGAAUGAGAAAUUGUCAAAAGAAGGAAGCAAAAAAGUGGAUGAAUCCCUUUGUAGAAGCUUGGUUGGAAGCUUGUUGUAUUUGACUAUCACAAGGCCGGAUAUUAUGUAUGCUACAAGCAUGUUAUCCCGAUUCAAGCACAAUGCAAGCCAAACUCAUUUUGGAGUGGCUAAGAGGGUCUUGAGAUACUUACAAGCAUCAUUGGCAACCUCUCAAGCAAUAUGGCUAAGGAGGAUUUUGGAAGAUGUUGGUGAAAAGCAAGGAGAGGCUACUCCAAUUUUGUGUGACAACAAAUUCGCAAUUGUAAUGACAAAGAAUCCCAUCUACCAUAGCCGCACCAAACACAUUGCCAUCAAGCAUCACUUCAUUCGAGAGGCCGUGGAAGAUGAAGAGAUUCAACUCAAGUAUUGUGCAACCGAAAGACCAAGUGGCGGAUAUUUUCACCAAAGCUCUUUCGAAGGAAAAGUUUCAAUAUUUUAG